GAUUACUAGGUCGAAUAUCGCGGUAACCUAAGCUCGCAGUCUAAAACCUUAAACCUCCACUUCUCCAUAGACCAUAGUUGUACUUUUUUACACUUACUUUACACACGCUUACACAACAAUCUCAUACCACCAUGACUUACCUUUACCUAGCAGUCUAAUCCAUCUUCUUUCUUUGUUUCUUCUUUCUCUCUCUUAAGUGGGUUUGAUUCAUAAACUCUAAAAAAGAAGAAAAAAUUGUCACUCUUAAGUGGAAAAAUUGAUGAAAUAUGGCAAGUAGUGGAAAAGACAGUGGAUUUGAAGAAGAAGAAGCAUCGUAUAUGGCAGAAGAGUUGGAGAAAUCUCUAAAACAAGGAGAGAGAUUAGUGGGUCCUACUCGUAGACCUGAUGGUACUCUUCGUAAACCUAUCAAAAUUAGGGCUGGUUAUGUUCCCCAGGAAGAAGUUGCCAUCUAUCAAUCUAAAGGAACAUUGUGGAGAAAAGAGCUCGAGUCACAGGUUGGACCACCCGGGUAUGAUCCCGGAACCGGAACGGAGGCAAAAACGAAGAGCAAGUCUGUCAAGAGGAAUGAAAGAAAGAAAGAAAAGAGACAACAGGCUGCCCUUGAAAGGGCUACGAACUCGGAACAUUCAGUGGAUGAGGACAAGGAGGAAAUCGACGCCACAGAUCCAAGUCUAAAAUCAAAUAAUCUAGAGUCUGUUGCUUCUCAGAUCAGCCAGCUAGCUCUUUCUACAACUGCGGCUGCUGGUAAGGUAUCAGACACAGCUAAUUCAGGUGUAGAUAUUGAGAAAAAGAUCCGAGCUUUAAAAAAGAAGAUUCGGCUUGCAGAAGCUCAACUGCAGAAGGCUAGCCCUGAAGGUAUGAAACCCGAGCAGCUGGAAAAGAUCAAGAAGCUGGAAGGUUGGCAUGACGAGCUGAAGCUUCUAGAAGGUGAAAACACAACAGCAUUAUCAGCAUCGUGACCCUCAUUCAUUCUAGUCGAUGUUUUAACCAAGAUUGUCUUAGUCGAGUGGUAAGUGGCUCUUUGAGUUUGAGCUCCAGCGGUCUGGGGGUUGGGGUCGGGCCCUGGGCGAGGCCUGUUCUAUUACCAUCCCUCAGCAAAAAUUAGUCGCUGUUUCGCUCUGCAUAAUGUGUGGUAUUGUUGAUCAUUGGAGAAGAGUUGCGUUGUUAGACGUUAGUGCUCCAUUGUUAAGGAGUUGUACUCAGCGCAAAUGCGCAAUGUCUGUGGUUUGUGUAGUUGUAACUUAUGUUUCACAUGCCCUGGUAUGAAAUUGAGUCAUAUCUUGAAGUCCAUUCCAAAAUCUUUAUUAAUACAUUUUUGGAUAUCAUACUCAUCGCAUUACCAAAAAAAUAGAUUCAUCUUGAAGAAAAUUAUAAUGUCAGAAAUUGGAAUUACCAGAGAAUGUUAA